UAACACCUCCCCCUCGCCUCCCCAUCCCCCAUCUGUAAAAUGUUGGCCUCCCGGACUCUCGCUCGUGGUGCGCGGGUCGCAGCGCCAAGCUCCCAGACCUUCCGCCGGUAUGCCUCUGCUUCACCGACCGCCGCGUUUGCUGGUCAGAAGGGGAGCAACGGCAAGUAUACCGUUACUCUGAUUCCGGGAGACGGUAUUGGUCCCGAAAUUAGCCAGUCCGUCAAGGACAUCUACUCCGCCGCCAAGGUCCCCAUUGAAUGGGAGGAGGUCAGCGUCACGCCGAUUCUGAAGGGAGGGAAGACAGUGAUCCCGGAUGCGGCCAUCAACUCUGUGAGGAAGAACACGGUGGCAUUGAAGGGCCCGCUGGCUACACCGAUCGGAAAGGGUCAUGUCUCCUUGAACUUGACAUUGCGCCGGACGUUCAACCUCUUCGCGAAUGUCCGUCCCUGUCUGUCCAUCAAGGGCUUCAAGACUCCUUACGACGAUGUGAACACUGUCCUCAUCCGUGAGAACACCGAGGGAGAGUACUCAGGCAUUGAGCAUGAAAUAGUGGACGGUGUCGUCCAGUCCAUCAAACUCAUCACCUGGGAUGCUUCUGAGCGUGUCGCUCGCUACGCGUUCCACUACGCGCAGUCGCAAGGCCGCGGACGUGUCACAGCGGUUCACAAGGCCAACAUUAUGAAGAUGUCUGAUGGCAUGUUCUUGUCUGCCUGCCGACAGGUAGCCAAAGAGUUCCCGAACAUCGAGUACGACGAGGACUUGCUGGACCGUGUCUGCCUGCAGGUCGUACAAAACCCGAAGCCGUACGCCGACCGGGUCAUGGUGAUGCCCAACUUGUACGGUGACAUUCUGUCGGACAUGUGUGCAGGCCUCAUUGGUGGUCUUGGCUUGACGCCCUCCGGGAACAUCGGCCGUGACGCAUCGAUCUUCGAGGCGGUCCAUGGUUCAGCGCCAGACAUUGCUGGCAAGGGAUUGGCGAAUCCCACCGCGCUUCUGUUGUCGUCACUCAUGAUGCUUCGGCACAUGUCCCUGGACCAGUACGCCUCGAAGAUCGAGAAGGCGGCGCUUUCUACCAUCGCGGAAGGCAAGUCGAUCACGGGAGACUUGGGAGGCAAGGCGACGACGCAGGAAUACACCUCUGCCAUCAUUCAGAAACUUGCGCAAUAGAGUCUGGCAUGGUAGUACUUAGAGUACCGCAGGACAGUCUAUAAUGCUAUUCCCUCACUGUUCCACAUCUGUAA